AUGAUAAAAAGUGACGAAUGUAUUAUUCGUAAACUGGUGGCGGAUGGAGAUGGUAGUGGUGACGACCGCAGAUUUGUAACUAUUCUCACUUUACUGUUUAAACUUAUGAAGGAACCAGAAUUAGCGCAAAGCCUUUUACCUCGUAUUUUGAAAAUGUUAGAUGCAACAGAAAUUGCUAUGCAGAAGCAAGUAUCAAUUGGUUCAAUGAAUAAACAGCAAAUCGAAAACUACAUUGCGAUGGUUAAGAAAAUUGAUGAUGAUUUAUUAAAAGCAAAUGAUUCUUUGCUUGCUGCAAAAAAGGAGUUAUCCGUUGUUAAAGGCAUGCGAAGAAAUAAAGAAGAAUACGAAAUGAUGGCAAAAAUUAUUGAAAAGAUACCAUCUAGAUCAGAAACUAAUAAGUACUAUGAAGAGAACAAUGAAUCAACAAACGAAGGUCUCGUUCGCACAGAAUUUGACACUAAAAAAGAGAAGGCGUGA